AUGUCCUCAAUGCUCGCACGGCCUGCAUUUGCAGCUGCCCGACGAACAGCCUCCCGAACCGCAAUCCGAACCUACGCUGCUCCCGCUGCCGAUGUCAAGCCCCCAGUACCUUUGUUUGGUCUCGAUGGAACCUAUGCGAAUGCUUUGUACGUUGCGGCCGCUAAGACCAACAAUCUCGAAUCCGCCGCCAAAGCAGUUGGCUCUUUAUCCUCCCUCCUGAAAUCCGAUCCCAAACUGUUAACCAUCCUUGCAGCACCCACUCUGUCCGACAGUGAUAAAUCCCAGAUCAUUGCCGAGCUGGAGAAGCAUACCGGUGGUGCCGACAAGAGUGGCACAGUCAAGAACUUACUGGCCGCUCUUGCCGAGAACAAUCGGUUGGGCCUGUUAGAAGGCGUGGCCGAAAAGUUCACGACCUUGAUCGGUGCUUCAAGAGGGGAGUUGGAAUUGACAAUCACGAGUGCCACUGAACUUGACCGUAAGACCCUCCAACGCCUGGAAGCAGCCAUUGCCAAGUCAGAGUACAGCCAAGGCAAGAAGCUCAAGACAGUCACUCAAGUCAAACCGGAGAUCCUCGGUGGCUUGAUCGUCGAUGUCGGCGAGCGAACCAUCGAUCUCAGUGUCCAGAGCAAGAUUUCCAAACUCAACAAGCUGUUGACGGACACCGUGUAA